ACAAAACACUGCGUCGAAGUCGAAACGGAAGUCGAGAAUUCCGGCAAAGGUUCUCUUUCGCUGACACGUGCAGCUUCCGCGUAAACUGGUUCAGCGCUGAUCAGUUUUUGGAUUAUUGCAAAUUGAUCAUCUCGACCAGGAAAAUCAAUCAAUAAUGGCAAGUCUUAAAACCGAUAAUCCUGAGAAGCCAGGUCAGGAGGUUGCGCCUAUUCAUCGCAUCAGGAUUACUCUGACUUCUCGUAACGUUCGUUCGCUCGAGAAAGUUUGUGCCGAGUUGAUCCAUGGUACGAAGAAACAGAAAUUGAAGGUCAAAGGACCGGUGCGUAUGCCCACUAAAAUCCUUAGGAUAACAACCCGCAAAACGCCCUGCGGUGAAGGUUCCAAGACUUGGGAUCGCUUCCAAAUGAGAAUCCACAAGCGAGUCAUCGAUCUCUACUCGCCAUCCGAAAUUGUCAAGCAAAUCACAAGUAUUUCAAUUGAGCCUGGUGUAGAGGUUGAGGUCACCAUCGCCAACGAUUAAAUCAUUGACCAUUGAUCGAUUGAAAAUGAUUUUAAUAAAAACGUGAAAAAAACUGAA